AUGAGGUUCUUACAGAAAGUCUUAUCCAAGAAGGGCUGCUUCAACCUCAGCCUCAACCCAGCAGGAAAACUUUUACCGUCCAGCCCCGAGUUACAGAGCCAGGAGGGCGACUGGACAAAGAGUUCAAUUGAAGGCUCAGACAUCAACAUCAAUGAACAGUCGAUACUACAGAGUUUCCAGCCAAGGCAAGAGACUGCAAGGAUCUCGUCCACUGGACAAGAGGAGGUAACUCAUCAGAAUUCCGCACCCCAUGUGGAGAAACCUUUCCCUGGUGGCCGGGAGGUUAUCAGGGAAGCUCUAUCAAGGCAAGAUAUUCCAGAGAGUUCAAUAAACAUUUGUUUGUCAUCUAUUUCCCUCUCCACAUUGAAGCAAUACACUUCAGGACUCAAGUUAUGGUGGGAAUUCUGCAGCAAUCGAAAUGUUAACCCAUAUGAGGUAUCUGUAGAAAGGGUUUUGGAAUUUUUAACCUUGUUUUUUGAGAAGGGUUCAUCCUAUGGAACCUUGAAUACAUAUCGAGCAGCCUUAGGGCAAAUAGCAGGUCCUGUUUUGGGUAAUGAUUUCCGACUUAAAAGAUUUUUUAAAGGAGUCUUUGGAGUGAGGCAACCUUUACCAAAAUAUGAAAACAUAUGGGAUCCGGGAAUUGUCUUAAAUUUCAUUCGUUCACUUGAUAAAAAUGAAAUAUUAUCUUUAGAAGUCAUUACUAAAAAAUUGGCAACCUUGCUGGCCUUGGCUACUGGGCACAGACUACAGACACUAAGUUUAAUUGAAAUAGCAAACAUUUGUGUUAAAGAUGACAAAAUAGAAAUUCCUAUUCCAGGGAAGAUUAAAACAUCGAGAUUUAAUAAAAGUCAGCUCUUUUUAGUUUUGCCAUUUUUUAACUCUGAGCCUAUAGUCUGUGUGGCCAGGUGUCUUAGAACUUAUUUGGUAAUAACUGAUACUCUAAGGAGUGGUUGUAAAUAUUUAUUUAUUUCCAUUAAAAAGCCGCACCACAGAGCAACUACGCAAACCAUUGGUAAAUGGAUUAAGUGCUUUUUGAAAAAGAGUGGUGUGGACGUAAACCGUUUUAAGCCACAGAGUACACGGCAUGCGGCUACAUCUGCGGCAGCACGACAGGGUGUUAAUUUCGAUACGAUUAGACGGGCUGCAGGGUGGUCUGAAAAUUCCAAAACCUUUGCAAAUUUUUACAACAGACCUUUGGUCAACAAUAAUAAAGAUUUUGCGAAUGCUAUUUUGUCUUUGAACUAAUUGAUAAGAUAUAUUCACUUUAUAAUAAGUUUCUAAGUUUAUAAUAUUUAAAUGUUCUGUGUUUAUUACAUAUUAUUUGUAUUACUUCUGCCUGUUUAAUUUAGAAGGUUGGUGUGCAGUAAUGUAGAUAUAUAUUAUACGAAUUAUUACUAACGAUAAUGAAGUUUGAAUUUUACGUUUGAAAUGUUGAUGACUGUUAAAAUUUAUAUUAUUAGUUAAAUCUAAUUAAUAAAAGUUUUCUUAGAUGGAAUAAACUGUUGCAACUGUACUUUAAACAUCUACGUGUUGUUUAUUUAUGAGAUGAGGCCGAGUAUAAUCAUAAGAUCAAACGAACUUACCUGUAAGUGAAGUUCGAUCUUGAUUAUAUGAAGGCCUCAUCGAAAUAAAUAAGUCCCACCUCUUCCCAAACUUUUUCUAGAAACAAAGUCCCUUAGU